GAGGGGAAAUAAGUUUUCAUUCAUAAACAAUGGAGUGGAGUCCGUGAAAGAGAGUGUGACACGUUAAGAGAGAGGCUUAACAUUGAAAGAGACAAAUGGGAAGAGGCAAAGAUGGCGAUAAUUUGACUUUUCACUCCCUACAAUAAUUAGUUCGACGGUAAAUGUCAGCGUGGAAGAUUAUUUAGAUCAGUGACUUGUUGUCAGUGCCCGUCGCCGGCGUUUGGGAUUAUUUGUGUAUCUUUUCUUAGCCGCACAUUUGAUUAAGUGAAUAUCCUUUGACCACAAGCCAACCACGGGGGUUUAUUUCGAAAUUUGUUAAGUGAACGGGACAAAGGCUAAAGAAAAAGAAGAAGUUAGAAAAGAUUUCUAGUCGGAGUAAUCUUUUGUUUCAACGCUACAAAUUAUUUGAUUUUGUAAGAUGCUGCCUGGAAGAUUGGGUGUUCCGCUGUCCCAGGAGAAUAAACUCUGGUUGUCGUGGCACGACUCGACAUGGAUUCCCAUCCUGAAUCCCACCAAUAUCAUGGAUUACUUUUCCCAGAAGUCGAAUAUAUUCUACGACCGGACAUGCAAUAACGAAAAUGUACGGAUGCAACGUCUGGGAUUGGAUCAAUUAACCAAUAUGACGGGCAUCGAAUACAUUCUGCUACACGUUGCAGAGCCAAUUUUAUACGUUAUCAGGAAACAACAUAGACAUUCUCCAACAGAAGUUACACCGCUGGCUGAUUACUAUAUAAUUGCUGGAGUUGUAUACCAAGCUCCAGAUUUGGCCAAUGUUUUCAAUUCCAGAAUUUUAUCUGCCGUAACACAUCUUCAAUCCGCUUUCGAAGAAGCAAGUUCAUAUUCUCGUUAUCAUCCCAAUAAAGGAUAUUCAUGGGAUUUUUCAGCAAACAAAGCAUUGUCCGAUAAAUCGAAAGCAGCUUCAAAGAAGGAUGCAUCGUCAAAUAAAGAAGAACCGGGUUCAUUAUUCCAGCGUCAAAGAGUCGACAUGCUUCUAGGUGAACUAUUACGUAAAUUCCCUCCACCAAUGCCACCACAAUUCCAACAGCAGCAGCAACCGCAGCAAGCAGGUGCUGCUGGAGCACAGAAUCAGACCGGCACCUCGAAUCAAGUUAAAACAGAACCUCAGUCACAAGAUCAACAAAAUUCUACCAUUAAACAGGAGCCAAUCGAUAAUCCUUCAAGCAAUAAUCCAGCCCCAGCAGAAACUAGCCCAGCGCCUGUCAUGGAUAUUAAGACAGAACCAAGUGAGAUGAAACCACCGCCAGAGAAGAAAAUGAAAAUAUAAUAAGAUUAGUACAAUAAGAUUUGUUUUAAGUUAUAAUAGGUUGAAUAAAGAUUUAUU